AUGCCUUCCCGAAUCCCAAUCCCUCUUCUCCCUCAACCCACGCCACCGCGCACAACCCCCCACCACGCCACCGCCACCUCUCCUCGACAGCCACUCCCCAAUCCUCACUCACAAGUACAAGUUCCUCCAGACGAAAUCGAAGCCAUCCCUUCUCUGCGCAGCCCCUCCCAGACGCAGACGAAGACCAACGAAGCUCUCCCUUCUCUGCGCAGCCUCUCCCAGACGAAGACCACAGAGGCCCUCAAUCCUCACUCACCUAGACGAGGACCGAACCCGACCCAGUUUCCCUGCUCUGCGCAGCCCCUCCUAGACGAAGGCCACCGAAGCCCUCAAUCUUCACUCACCCAGACGAAGCCCGAAGCCCCCCACCCUCACUCUCCCUUCUCUGUGAAGCCCGAAGCCCCCUACCCUCACUCUUCCUUCUCUGCGAAUUCCCCCCACCCAGUCCCUUCAGUCCCCGAAACCCUAGAAGACUGCAGCUCUCUCCCUCACCCCCUGCAAGAGGAAGAGGAGAUGCUGGUCCCGCAUUCGGAUUUAGUUGAGGGUCCUCAGCCUAUGGAAGUCGUGACUCAAGUGGAGCCUUCAAGUACAGUGGAGAAUCAGCAAGUGGAGGAUCCACCAUCUUUGAAAUUCACGUGGACAAUUGAGAAUUUCUCUAGGUUGAAUACCAAGAAGCACUACUCUGAGGUUUUUGUCGUUGGCGGUUAUAAAUGGAGGAUACUUGUUUUUCCAAAAGGGAACAAUGUGGACCACUUGUCGAUGUAUUUGGAUGUCGCUAAUUCUACCACAUUGCCAUAUGGCUGGAGUAGAUACGCACAAUUCAGCUUGGGUGUGCUUAAUCAGGCUCACAGCAAGUACUCAAUAAGAAAGGACACACAACACCAGUUCAAUGCAAGGGAGAGCGACUGGGGUUUCACAUCGUUCAUGCCUCUCAGUGAUCUUUAUGACCCAAGUAGGGGUUACCUUGUCAAUGAUAGUUGUAUUGUUGAAGCUGAGGUUGCUGUCCGUAAGGUUCUGGAUUACUGGUCAUAUGACUCAAAGAAGGAGACUGGUUAUGUUGGACUGAAGAACCAAGGCGCAACACGUUACAUGAACUCUCUGCUUCAGACUCUCUACCAUAUUCCUUACUUUAGAAAGGCUGUGUACCAUAUGCCAACAACUGAAAAUGAUAUGCCCUCCGGUAGUAUUCCUUUGGCAUUACAGAGUUUAUUCUACAAGCUUCAAUAUAAUGACAGCAGUGUGGCAACUAAAGAAUUGACCAAGUCUUUCGGUUGGGAUACAUAUGAUUCUUUCAUGCAACAUGAUGUCCAAGAACUCAAUAGAGUCCUGUGUGAAAAACUUGAAGACAAAAUGAAGGGUACUGUUGUGGAGGGGACAAUACAACAAUUAUUUGAAGGACACCACAUGAAUUACAUUGAAUGCAUCAAUGUGGACUACAAAUCUACAAGAAAGGAAUCUUUUUAUGACCUCCAGCUUGAUGUCAAAGGCUGUCGGGAUGAUAUCAAGAUAUCACCUUCUAAAGUUGUUGAAUACUUCGUUUUGCAGACUUUGAAGCCGACUGUGGCUUCGAAUUAA